GGGGGCGUGGCUUAUAUGUGACGCCACUGACUACAAGUAAACAGCAGCUCAAGUCUCCGCUCCAAGUUUUCUCAUAAAUCAGUACAAAUAGCUCUGUAUAAACGGUGAGGCUGUACCUUUUCCUCAUUUUUGACAAAAUAACCGUCUGUGAAGUCAGUUUAGGAGGUUCUGGUCUGGAACGGAGCGCUUGCCGAACCUAGCUUUGGCUGCUGCAGCUCAUCAGUAGACCUGCUCCAUUUCAUCAUGUCCUCCCCUGAGAUCGCCUCCUUGUCAUGGGGCCACAUGAAGGUGAAAGGCUGCUCCUCCAGCUACAAGGACUGUAAGGUGUGGCCUGGAGGCAGCCGGGCUUGGGACUGGAGAGAGACUGGAACCAAUCAUCACCCAGGGGUUCAGCCUGCUGAUCUGGAGGAGGUGCUGAAGAAGGGGGCGGAGCUCCUGAUCAUCGGCAGAGGCAUGAAUGAAGCUCUGCAGGUUCCUCCCUCCACUUUGGACUUUGUGAAGCAGAAAGGGGUCGACGUUCAGGUCUUCCAGACCGAGAAGGCUGUGGCCGAAUACAACAAGAUGGCUGCGCAGGGCGCCAAAGUGGGUGGAGUCUUCCACUCCACCUGUUGAGUUGCUGUCUCUGGAUCUGAUGGGAAUCCUAUCCAGCUGAAUCGCUUCUGGUUAUCGAGUCUCUGGUGAAAUGGUUCACUGCCGUGGAAACCAGAACCUAAAGAAAAAAGUUCUGGAGGACGGAACCAAAAUGGGACGACAGACAAUAGUUCCAGAAACAAAAUAAACGUUUGAGAUUCUUCUGCA